CCGGGAGGCGGCGGCAGCGGCAGCGGCAGCGGCAGCAUCCGUAGCAUCAGCAUCCCCGGCAGCAGCCGCCGCCGGCGGCCUCGGACUGGGCCCGCCGGACAGACGGACAGAGGGCGCCAGGGGCGCGGGGCCGCCGGGGCCAGCCAUGGAGGGCGCCUCGUUUGGCGCGGGCCGCGCGGGGGCCGCCCUGGACCCCGUGAGCUUUGCACGGCGGCCCCAGACCCUGCUGCGGGUCGCGUCCUGGGUGUUCUCCAUCGCGGUGUUCGGCCCCAUCGUCAACGAGGGCUACGUGAACGCCGACAGCGGCCCGGAACUGCGCUGCGUCUUCAACGGGAACGCGGGGGCCUGUCGCUUCGGCGUCGCGCUGGGUCUCGGGGCUUUCCUCGCCUGCGCUGCGUUCCUGCUGCUGGACUUGCGUUUCCAGCAGAUCAGCAGCGUCCGCGACCGCCGCCGGGCAGUGCUGCUCGACCUGGCUUUCUCAGGGCUCUGGUCCUUCCUGUGGUUCGUGGGUUUCUGCUUCCUCACCAAUCAGUGGCAGCGCACUGCGCCCGGGCCGGGCACAGCGCAGGCCGGGGACGCGGCGCGGGCAGCCAUCGCCUUCAGCUUCUUCUCCAUCCUCAGCUGGGUGGCGCUCACCGUGAAGGCCCUGCAGCGGUUCCGCCUGGGCACCGACAUGUCACUCUUCGCCACAGAACAGCUGGGCUCUGGGGCCGGUCAGACCUACCCCGGCUACCCGGUGGGCAGCGGUGUGGAGGGCACCGAGACCUACCAGAGCCCGCCCUUCACCGAGACCUUGGACACCAGUCCCAAAGGGUACCAGGUGCCCGCCUAUUAGUGUCCGACAAGCACGGACCAGGGCUCGAAGGCCACCCCACCAACACAGGUUCCAAGGCCUCCUUGGACCUCUCUGGAGGCCUAGAGGUCCAGCACCAGGGACAGCAGGGGUGGCCACUGUGGGCCUCCGGGCCGGGAGCAAGUAGCACCUGAGCUGUCCCCAUCAAGUUCCUCUAGGCCUGAGGUCCUGAGAAGAGGACAGUGUGGCCUGGAGUGGACUGGCCUGGGAGAGGCAUUCCCUUUAUGGACCAACCAACCUGGAGCUCACCUGCCCAUUCUGAAGUCAGAGGUCCAGCUGCCCUCCACAGCUCAGUGCAGGGAUUGUACAGGGCCAGGGAUUGUGGCCCUGUCCCUGGGGGUAGUGACUGUCCUUGCCCUAUCAUGGUGGUUUGUCAUGUCCAGAGCCUUCCUUCAUUUCCUCUCGUGAGCUCACAGAGCAGCUCAGUCCUGUUGGUGUUGUGAUUGUGGUCAACUCUACAGGUUUCAUCUCAUAGUGCUCCACAAGCUGCACCUCUCUCUGUGGCCCCUGCCCAGGUGUCGAAGGUUCUGGUCAGGAAAGCACAAGACAGCUAUGGACUUGGGUACCAGCCCUUUAGCACAUGGGUAGGAACAGGACAUCUGGGUGCCAGGCAAGACAAGCACCUUACAAAGAUAGAGGCCUAGAGGUUACAUAGCCCACAGUGCCCCUUGAAACAGCCAUUCCUGCAUACUGAUUCACCCUGGCUUCCGGACUAGACCCUUCCUUCCCACCCUGCACCCUGUUUAAGGCCCAGCCCCAGGUGGGGGUCCGUGUGCAUAGCUGACUACUCAUGCAUUGCUUGAAGCUGGCUUUUCACAAAUCAAAACCACACAUAUUGCCAUAUUUCAUUCUUACAGACAGAUGCCUCCCUCUGGAGUUGCAGUUGAGUGACAACCCUGUACAUUGUAGAAUAGACCAAUUAUGUGUGAAUAUUUAAGUGAACAUGUUUACAAUUUUUGUAUAUAUGGAUCUUUCCCUCCCUCUUCUGAGAGAACAAUCCAUGGUUGUGUAUUUUCAGUGUCCCAUGUUCUGACUGCAACUUCUUUACAAUAAAGACUAUAAAUGCAUUGACCAUGA